CAGUUAACAGUGCUCCUUUCUUUACGUGCAAGCAAGGAACAAAAUCAUCAUCAACCAUGAGCGAAAGCUAUGGAACAGAAGUAACAAACACCGUCGGGAGCGUGACAGCCUCUGGCUACGCCCGAGUUCACGUGGGCAACUAUACCGGCGACACCGUCAUCCACAACUACAACGAACCUCAGCGCAACCGAUGCCUCGCCGAUCUGCGAUUGACCGACCCUCGCGAUGAAAAAACACGAAUCGAAGAUACUAAAGGCGGCCUCCUCAAGGGAGCAUACCAAUGGAUCCUGGACCACGAGGACUUCCGACGAUGGCGAGAUGACAAGCAAAGCCGGCUGCUCUGGAUCAAGGGGGAUGCCGGCAAGGGCAAGACUAUGCUGCUAUGUGGCAUUAUCGAUGACCUAUCCAAGUCGCAGGGGCAGUCGAAGCCAAAGUUCAAGAACCUCUGGCGCCCUAUCCGUCCACAACUACUGUCCUUUUUUCUCUGCCAAGAGACCAGUUUGAAUCUCAAUAACGCUACAGCUGUCCUACGAGGGCUGAUGUACCGUUUGAUUGACCAGCAGCCUCCCCUAAUCCAGCACAUUGAGAAAGCAUACGAACAUAUAGGAAAACAGCUUUUCGAGGGCGACGAUGCAUUUUACAAACUCUCGAGGAUCCUUGCCAGCAUGCUCUGCGACCCGUUGGCAAAGAGAUGCUACCUGGUGGUCGAUGCUUUGGACGAGUGUAGGCGAGAUCAGCAACAACUCCUCGACUUCAUCAUGAAGAGUGUGUCUCAUUACCCUGCGAAAUGGAUUGUGUCGAGCCGAAACCGACUAGACAUUGAACCGGCCAUGUGGCUUGACGACUCCCGGACACGAGUUAGCCUUGAGUUGAACGAGAAACAUGUCACUCAAGCACUCAACACAUUUAUCAACCACAGAAUCUCAAAGCUCCCAUUAUUAAGAAGCGAUACGUCAACACAUAAAGAUGUCCGCCGCGAAAUUCUAUCCAGAGCCGAGGGAAACUUCCUCUGGGUUGAUAUGGUUACUCGAGAACUCCAAGCAGUUGAGCCAUCAAGGAUGCUAGGCAUCCUGAAGGAAAUACCGUCGGGUUUGAUGCCUUUUUACGACACGAUGAUGGCAAAGGUUCGCAAUCAAUCACGGGAGCACAUUCAGCGUUGUAUCCAGUUACUCUCGAUGGCAACCGUUGCUUACCGACCACUUACCUUGCAAGAGCUCGGAGUUCUAUCAAAAGCACAUCAAAACGCAUCUCGCGAAGGUGAUGUUAGGUGGCUAGUUGACAGGUGCGCCGCUUUUCUCACAAUUGACCAACAUGGAUGCGUAUAUCUUCUCCAUCAGUCGGUCAAAGACUACUUUACAUCCUCGCCUAAUUCGAUUCUGGAAGCCUCUCUCGCUGCCAUUCAUCACACGAUGGCGUUGCAGUCAAUAGAGGAGAUGCAAUGUACCUUACGACGGAACGUCUACAACUUGGAUUAUCCCGGGUCACAACCCCCAUUAGGUGGCCCAAACCCAGAUCCCCUCGCAUCAAUUCGGUACUCCUGCCUCAAUUGGGUCAACCACCUUGUCGACGGGACUAAGAACCCUCAGGACUUCACUGACGGUGGGGUUGUUGAUCGAUUCCUGAGAAGCCAUUUGCUUCACUGGCUAGAGGCUUUGAGUCUAUUGAGAAGCCUGCCAAACGGGAUUCUUAUCUUAUCAAAGCUUUCGGCUCUACUUCAAUUGAAUCAAGAAUUCUUUCAACUAAUGAAAGUUACCCGGGAUACAUUGCGCUUCCUAAGAUCCCACAUCGUCGGUAUUCAAGACAGUCCCCUUCAAGUCUACAGCUCAGCCCUUGUAUUCAGCCCAAGAAAGAGUGUAGUCAGAGAACUCUUCUACGAAGAGGAACCAAGGUGGCUAUCCAUGAAGCCAGCAGUCGAGUCGGUGGCUUUCUCGCCGGAUGGGCGCCAGCUUGCAUCAGCCUCUUGGGACAACACCGUCAAGGUCUGGGACGCGGCCACCGGCCAGUGCCAGCAGACGCUGGAGGGCCACAGCGGCACGGUCAAGUCGGUGGCCUUCUCGGCGGAUGGGCGCCAGCUGGUAUCGGCCUCCGACGACAAGACCGUCAAGCUCUGGGACGCGGCCACGGGCCAGUGCCAGCAGACGCUGGAGGGCCACAGCAGAACGGUCACGUCGGUGGCCUUCUCGCCGGAUGGGCGCCAGCUGGCAUCGGCCUCUUGGGACAACACCGUCAAGGUCUGGGACGCGGCCACCGGCCAGUGCCAGCGGACGCUGGAGGGCCAUAGCGGCUGGGUCAGGUCGGUGGCCUUCUCGCCGGAUGGGCGCCAGCUGGCAUCGGCCUCCUACGACAAGACCGUCAAGCUCUGGGACGCGGCCACGGGCCAGUGCCAGCAGACGCUGGAGGGCCACAGCAGCUUGGAAAACGUGUUUGAGGCAAGAAUCCGGCAACCAAGUUCAGGGCCUUAUAAUCGGCAUCAUGUGCUCUCACAGCACGGCGCAUGGAUUAAGAAUCGCUCUCACAACAUACUUUGGUUACCUCCAGAUUACCGAGCGGCUUGUCACGCGGUAGAAGGAUCCAGAAUAGCUAUUGGAUUAACUACUAAGUCAUUAAUGCUACUCUUAGUGUUAUCUGUAUAUCUUAUUCCUAACGCGUGACACAGGAAGGGUAGGGGAGAGAGUUGUUUCUUAUAAUGAGCUAGCACAGUUACAGCAUGUUCUAGAAUCUUCCAACUUGUCCUUUUGCUCCUAGUCAAAAGAAGCGAUUUUUACAGGCUACAGCCGUAAUAAGGCUCUGUCAAUGCCCUCGCCACGCAUGGAUGUUCCAUCAUAUUACAGAAUGUUAGCUGGGCCUGUAAUAGUGGUCGAACUGCGUUCAAAUGGUCUUUCCAUUCUCUCUAUUAUGGGAGGUCCGUGGUGAAAUCUCUGCCC